AUGACAAAAUCGCUUAAGGUUCUGGUUUCUUCAAACGAUUUCCCCGAAAGUGGAAUGAAAAUUUUAGAAGAACAUUUUACAGUAUUGAAGUCCCGAUACCUCAACUUCGGCGAGGAAGGUGCGACGAAGAACCGUGAUGAACUGUUUGAACUCAUACCAGGUUGCUCUGCGCUCAUAUGGGUUUCUCACCACCCGAUAACGAAGGAGCUUCUGGAUAGAGCUGGUCCGCAGCUGAAGAUAGUGAGUACCGCGUCAGCUGGCUACAACCACUGCAACGUACCAGAGCUGAAGAGACGCGGUAUCAAACUGACUAACACGCCCAAUGUUCUGAGCGGUGCAGUGGCCGAUAUCGCUGUGGCCCUCAUGCUAGGUGCUGCCAGGAGAUUCACCGAAAACCUGGAGCAAGUGCGCAGCGGGGAGUGGGAAAUUGGCUUCGACAAAGUACUUGGGCAAGACAUAAAGGACAGCACAGUCGGCAUUGUCGGUCUCGGUGGAAUCGGCCAGACUGUGGUCAAACGUCUGAGUGGCUUUGAAGUUGGCCAAUUCCUUUACACCGGCCACCGGGAGAAACCGGAAGCCAAAGAGCUGGGCGCCAAAUUCGUGGACCUGGACAGCUUGCUGACUCGGAGCGAUUUCGUCGUACUGGCUGUGCCACUGACCGACGAGACCAAACAUAUGAUCAACAAGACCACGCUUGGUAAAAUGAAGAGGAACGCCAUACUUAUCAACGUUGGCCGAGGAGAACUAGUCAACCAAGAUGAUUUGUAUGACGCGCUGAAUAAUAGAGAUAUAUAUGCAGCGGGACUUGACGUGACGUCGCCAGAACCUCUACCCAAGGAUCAUAAGCUACUCACGCUUCCCAAUAUUUUCAUACUCCCGCACAUUGGCAGUGCUACGAUAGCAACCCGCAACUCUAUGGCCGUCCUUACAGCGAAAAACGUCGUUAAUGCACUUUAUGGAAAGCCAUUACUAACACCAGUCUUACAA